ACACCCUGCUACCUGCUACUGCUGCAAGUGCAACCUCUCCUGAUCAUCACGACAAGAUGGCAUCAAGCCUUCAUUUCAUUGCGGUCCUCUGUCUGACCAUUGGACUGUGGACUGGAGCAAGUGCGCAGUGUGGAGACUGCUGUGAGCCUUGUAAGACCUGCCCUUCUGGUUGGACUCAGUUUCAAGAUCACUGUUACAUUUACCACCAUGCUUCAAAGGACUGGGCUGAUGCCGAGGUUUCCUGCAUUGCUGAUGGUGGGAAUCUGGCAACAGUCCAGAAACCAGAUGUUCAAGCAUUUGUCAAAAAGCUCAUCAACACUGCAACUAACAAAGAUGAUCAAACUUGGGUUGGAGCUACUGACUCAUCAAAGGAGGGUGUGUGGAUGUGGAACGAUGGUUCCCCUUUUACUGGCAAGGGUUUUUGGGGUAAAGGGCAGCCCGACAACGCUGGCAAGAGGGAACACUGCUUGGAGCUGAACUACCGCGGUGCUCCCAACGAUGUCCCUUGUCAUCUGAAGAGACCUUAUGUUUGUGGCAAGCGCCUGUGAAGAUCACCUCCAUGUCAUCUGCAUCUGCCACUGUGAUGUCACAUCACCACUCAUGAUGUUGUUUCUAGCAGAGUGUUGAGCCUCGAUGACGUCACAGCUGGAGAUAUAUUGACACUUCUGAUUUAAUUUCAGUUGAUCUAAUAAACAGAUCCUGUUCAGCAA